CGGUUGCUCUCGCAACAAAAUAAACAAAGUUUGAAAUGCGGCAGAGGCAUGCGAAAGUGAAGGGCAAAAGAAAUAUUAAUUUAAAAAAUAAUCGAAUAAAAUUAAGUUGAAUUCAUAUAGUUAUAAAAUAAUAAAUCAUAAGAAGUGUUUUGACUUAUCAUGGAUCUGCUCCCAACCGCUAGAUUUCCGUUUUCUACCUCAAUGCAAGUCAAAAUUACAAUUAUAUCUGUCACUGUUGGAGUAUCUCUAUUGUCAUUUGUGGCCAGGUUGUUGCGCCGAAGAAAAAGAAGACCAAAAUCUAUAGAUCACCCUGAUAGUAACAAAGUCAAACAAAGCAACUCUGGGACAAAUGCAAAUGGAGAUGUUCUGAGUGGCAGGGGUAACCCAAAUUUAGCAUUGUAUAGACACCAUAGACAAGGAUCCAUAUGCAGUGAUAGACAGUCUAUUCAUUCUCUUCUCACUGCCAGCUUAGCUGGCGAUACUGUUACAUCAGCAGUCUUAACUCCUCAACAACUUGGAACUAUGGGCAUGGAAGCCCUUGAAACUGGCAUAGCUUAUUGGGAAGAUGCUUUAGCUGCUUAUCGACCACCUCCUGGUGAUGUCUUAGCCUUGACUGAUCCUGAGGAAGGGCAGUUCACUCACAUGCUUGAGAAGAUCCUGGAGAAAGCCUAUAAAUUACAGGAGUCGUGCAGUCACCUGUUCUUGGACAGUAAUUCUGUACUUUUUAAAUCUGAAACCCAAUCAGUUGUCUCUUCUCGGCACGAGCGCAUCACAGAGUCUGAGAAGAAAACUAUUAAAAGCAUAUCCGAUGUUGAUAGUUUUGUUUCCGCUCAAGAUCAAAUUGCAGAUUUGGGCGAUUUUGAUGAGUAUGAAACAAGUAUAGAUCUCAGAGAGUUGACUCUUUACCAGACAGCAAUAAAAAAGAGUGAAGAAGGAGCUAUUCCUAUACGAUUAUUAAGAACUGAGAUGUUGAAGUGCCAGUCCAAUAAAGAAUAUAUAUCCAAAGUACACUGCAUUAGAGUUGCCUUUCAAUUGCUGUUCCAACAAGAAGAAAUACACGCCUGGUUUAUGAGUGUAGGAAAUAAAAUAUUAACAGGUCUCAUGUUACUUGGGGGAAAGCACCCUAAGGACUGUUUAACUGCUUAUGAAGAAAUCAUAGCUUUUUCUCGAGACAAAAGUAACUGGCCCCUAAUGGAGGAAGAACUUAGAGACCGAGGCGUGAAAUGUCUUUCAUUUUACGAUGUUGUUUUGGACUUCAUUGUUCUUGAUGCAUUUGAAGAUUUAGAAAGUCCCCCUUCCUCUGUAACAGCAGUUGUACAAAACAGAUGGCUUUCUAACGGAUUCAAAGAAACUGCAUUAGCUACAGCAGUGUGGUCUGUUUUGAAAGCCAAAAAGAGAAUGUUACGGCAUCCUGAUGGUUUUAUAAGUCGCUUUUAUUGCGUAUCUGAGCAUCUGAUACCUGUAUUAGCUUGGGGAUUCUUAGGUCCCGAUGAAAGGCUAAAAGAGCUCUGCAUUUACUUCAAGGAGGAAGUCAUGGGCUUUAUGUAUGAUAUUUUUAGUUUUCAUAAAGUUCGCUUCACAAAAAUUGAAGAACUAGCUUCUGAUAUAAUGAUCCUAGCUAAUUUAAGGUUUGAUAGAACAAUACAAAGAUUAAAUAUGUAGGAAAAGGAAAUUAGCGAUGUUUGAAACGAAUUUGUAAAUGAACUGAUUAAUUGUUUUUAACUAAUUUGUAUUUUUAUUUAUUGACUUGUGGUGCAUUCAUCAAUGAAUUAUUUUUAUUGUUCAUUAUUUCGCUAAUCAUUUGUUAAUCAUCAUUAUAUUUUAUUCAUUUAUUUGUGAUUCUUAGAAACUCUUGAAAAUGUG